AUGCUGCGCCGGGGGCUGCUCGCCUGGGCCUCCCGCGUGGUGGUCUUGCUCGUGCUCGUCUGCUGCGCGGUGUCCGUCCUGUACAUGCUGGCCUGCACUCCGCGGGGCGACGAGGAGCGGCUGGGGCUGCCCCGAGCCAACGGCCCCACAGGCAGGGCCGGGUCCCAGGCGGCCGCGCUUGGCUGGGAGGAGCGCCACCACGACCACGUCGGGAGCCUUAAGAGGCAGAUCGCGCAGCUGCAGGACGAGCUGCAGGAGCGCAGCGAGCAGCUGAGGGCCGCGCGGCAGCUGGCCGGGGAGCCCGCGGGCGCGCCGGGCAGGGCCCAGGCCGACCUGCUGGCCUUCCUGCGCUCGCAGGUGGACAGGGCGGAGGUGCACGCCGGCGUCAAGCAGGCCACCGAGUACGCCGCCGUACCCUUCGACAGCUUCACGCUGCACCGGGUGUAUCAACUGGAGACCGGCCUCACCCGCCACCCCGAGGAGAAGCCGGUGCGCAAGGACAAGCGGGACGAGCUGGUGGAGGCCAUCCAGUCGGCCGUGGAGGCCCUCAACAGCCCCGCCGAGAGCAGCCCCGACCAGCGGCCCUACACGGCCUCGGACUUCAUCGAAGGCAUCUACCGUACAGAGAGGGAUAAGGGCACUUUGUACGAGCUCACGUUCCGAGGGGACCACAAGCACGAGUUCCGGCGCCUGGUCUUGUUCCGGCCCUUCGGCCCCAUCAUGAAGGUGAAGAAGGAGCAGCUGAACAUGGCCAGCACGCUGGUCAACGUCAUCGUGCCACUGGCCAGGAGGGUGGACAAGUUCCGGCAAUUCAUGCAGAACUUCAGGGAGAUAUGCAUCCAACAGGAUGGGAGGGUUCAUCUCACUGUCGUUUACUUUGGAAAAGAAGAAAUGGAUGAGGUCAAAGGAAUACUUGAGAACACUUCCAGAGCUGCCAGCUUCCGGAACUUCACCUUCAUCCAGCUGAGCGGGGAGUUCUCUCGGGGGAAGGGGCUGGACGUGGGCGCCCGCUCCUGGAAGGGCAGCAAUGUGCUGCUCUUCUUCUGCGACGUGGACAUCUACUUCACCUCCGACUUCCUCAACACCUGCAGGCUGAACACGCAGCCAGGGAAGAAGGUGUUUUAUCCCGUCCUUUUCAGUCAGUACAAUCCUGGCAUAAUAUACGGCCAUCACGACGCAGUCCCUGCCUUGAUGCAGCAACUGGUCAUAAAGAAGGAGACUGGAUUCUGGAGAGAUUUCGGGUUCGGGAUGACGUGCCAGUAUCGGUCUGACUUCAUCAACAUAGGCGGCUUCGACCUGGACAUCAGAGGCUGGGGCGGCGAGGACGUGCACCUCUACCGCAAGUAUCUGCACAGCAACCUGGUGGUGGUCCGCGCGCCCGCGCGGGGCCUCUUCCACCUGUGGCACGAGAAACGCUGCGAGGACGAGCUGGCGCCCGAGCAGUACCGGAUGUGCAUGCAGUCCAAGGCCAUGAACGAGGCGUCCCACGGGCAGCUGGGCAUGCUGGUCUUCAGGCACGAGAUCGAGGCCCACCUCCGCAGACAGAGACACAAGACGGGCAGCAAGAAGUCAUGA